UUAUCUAUUCAACGUGCUGUUGACAUUGUUCAAAGUUCAAUACUACUCAUACUUGUGUGGCAUUGUUUUUAUUACUUGUAGAUUUCAACGAUAGUCAAGCACUCGUUUACAGCAAAAUUAAUAAUAAAAAAGCAUUGGCGAAAAUAACCCUCCCAUUGCAGUUCAGAAUGUCACCGGCCAUAGUGGUCCUGCUCACCGUUGCAGCGAUUGCACCUGUAAGCUCGGUUCAGACAAUGUUGGAUUCCUUUAGUUACUGCAACAGCAGCGGCAUAGUCGAGUGCACCGCAAGAGUUCGGAAAGUUAACAGAACUACCGCGGCGCUUUACGGAAAAUUCGUUCUGAACACCGACAUCGAUAGCAGUUUCAAUGGAGCAGUGGAGGCGCACCACAGUCCGCUGGGAAACAAUCAUUUCAAUCGCUACCCGAUGAAGAUAGGACCGAUCGGCUUCUGCGAAUUUUUGAAUGACUUCUGGGGGGAUUACUACGACUCCAUUGUGCCGUACAUGCCGAACAUCAUGAAACCUAGGGAGUGUCCCGUAUCGGCGCGAACGAUUCCGAUCAACGAUUGGAUCAUGGACCCGAAAAUGCUGCCCAGGUAUGUGCCAACCGGGCUUUGGAAGGUCAUUACGAUGCUGAAAAGCGAACGGAGAGAACAGUUUUACGUUAUGGAGUUGAUAUUUAAGGUGUAUGACGAUGGGUAUUUUUGAUGUUAAAUAAAACUAAUACCUCGUCCGAAAAGAUUUUGUCUCUGGAGAUCAAACUAGGGGAAAAAUGCCCUUGAAAUCACCGAUCGUAGCGUAGCGAUCUCAUGGUCCUUUAGUCGCUCCAGAUUAUACCGCUGCGGGCGACGGUACCGAAUCUUGUUGACCUCAGACAGGCGUUGGUGCAGCUUUGCCACCGCCAGGUAUUGGUCCGAGGCGAUGCCACGGAAGGUUCUGACGUCGAUUAUGUCUUAUGUCCGAGCAAUGCCGACCUUCGAUGAGACCAUGGUCGAUUUGUGUCUCCGUGUUGUUUGGUGAUCUCCAGGUGUGUUUUAGAGAGACUGUGGUGGAAAAAGGUACUACGUAUAGCCAUGUUUCGAGUGGUAGCGAAAUCGAUGAGUCGAAGGCCGUUAUCGUUCGUUUGCUGGGGGGCGCUGAACCUCCCAAUAACCGGUCUAAACUCCUCCUCCUACAUUUUGACGAUUUUUCCCCUUACAAACUUCAAGCAAUUAGAGGGAGGGGACUAGAAUUUAACCUAGUUUUGGGUCAAUCGUAGAUUCCAGGGCGUACCCCCGAGAUUCGGACCACCCUAAUAUCCAUUUUGCUCAAACUCUUUUAUGGUUCGAUGUGUGGUCUCUCCAGGUUCUAGCCACCACUUUCGAAAUUUCCAUUUUCAUGUCCAGUUUAAUAAACCAUGAAUUUUGAUACCCAUAUUGCCAUAACUCGUUGGUUCGGUAAAUGUCCCUUCAUCGGAACCCCCCCUAAGGAAACCAACCGCACCAGUUCUUGUGGCCAGGAUAUUUCGGGGGCUCUCAGUCUCCGGCCUCGGCUUGGACUGCUCUUUUGCUCCAGGCCAUCUGCUUUUCGGCCAACUGUUUGGGUACCCCCGGCCCAUCAGCUUCCAGGUCCUGGUUGAUGUUAACUCCUCCAGCGAUAGAAUGACUUUCCUGGACUGUCAGAGCCGGUUCUAAUCGGCUUAGAAUGGAGACGUUUUCUCCGCCUCUUUGUGCCGUUUAUCCCAUUCCUAGGUCAUUCGGUUUUUGUUGCAACUGUGUUGAAAAUUCCACGCAACUUGAUUUGUUACGUUGCAUACCACUUCCCGAACACGGACGGGAACUUCAAGUGCCUAAAAGUAGGGUGCAACACGGUAACUUCAAGGCAAAGUUUUUUGUCGAAACACAAAUGUAUCGCAUCAGUUAAUAGCUGUAUUUGCAGUUGCUUUUCACACUUACAUGGUGUCGAUUUCUGGAAAAGUCAGGGAAAACCUGGAAUUGUCAGGGAAUUUUAUUUGACCUGGAAAAGUCAGGGAAAGUCAGGGAAUUUUAAGCUGGGUCAGGGAAUUUCGAUGAUCAUAAAAAUAUUACAACAAAAUUUCAUUUCUUUUUGAAAAUUUGCCCUUGAUGAUGUAUUUGAAUGUCUUCCAGGCCAAACUUUGCAAAAUUGAUAAUAUUUAAUUUUUUAUAUUGGUCAGUCUGGAAGGAACGUUAAACUCCAUAUAAAAAAUGCUUAAGAUAAGGGUCACGAAGAAAAGGAACAGCAACGAAAAGUUGUAUUUGGCAUUUCUUCGCGCAUUGCUUAUUUGCAAUAUGUUUAGGUUUAAAAAUCAAAUCAUUUGGAUUUGCGUUCAACUGAAAAUUAAAAAUUACUAGCGCACACAGGGUGGGACAAUAUGAGGCAGU